AUGGGAAGAAUCACAAGUUUCGCAGAUCUAAUCGGAAUAAUCAAAGACAAAGCUUCUCAAAGCAGAGCUGCUUUAGUCUCAUCAAACCCAAAAAGCAAAUCUCUCUCUUUCCAUCUCUCCGUCCUCCGUGCCACUACUCACGACCCUUCUACUCCGCCGGGAGAUCGCCACCUCGCCGUUCUCCUCUCUGCCGGUUCUGGCUCACGAGCUACAGCCGCUUCUGCCGUCGAAGCCAUCAUGGACCGUCUUCACACCACCGGAGACGCCUGCGUCGCUCUCAAAUCGCUGAUCAUCGUCCACCACAUCGUUAAACACGGUCGUUUCAUCCUCCAAGACCAGCUCUCUGUUUUUCCGGCUUCCGGUGGUCGGAAUUAUCUAAAGCUUUCUAGUUUCAGAGAUGAGAAGUCCCCUUUGAUGUGGGAGCUUUCUUCUUGGGUCCGAUGGUACGCUUUAUACCUUGAGCAUCUGUUAUCAACUUCAAGAAUCAUGGGGUUUUUCAUUUCUUCAACAUCGAGCACAAUCCACAAAGACGAAUACGAAGAAAUGGUCUCGUCUCUCACCAACACUGAUCUGCUGCGUGAAGUCGACGCGCUCGUCGAUCUACUGGAAGAAGCAUGUAAAAUUCCGGAUAUACCCUCAUCUGGCGGCAAAACUCUCGCCGACAAAAUCACCCGUUUGGUUGGAGAAGACUACGUGUCGUCGAUCAACGAGCUUUACACGAGACUGAACGAGUUUAAAGAGCGGUCAAACACUUUGAGCUUCGGGGAUUCGAUCGAGCUUGUCUGUGCUUUGAAGCGGCUCGAGAGUUGUAAAGAAAGGUUGUCUGAAAUCUCAAAUGCGAAUUGGAAGAGAGCUUGGAUCGAUGGGUUUUGGAGUUUGGUUCGUGAGGUUAAGGGUAUGAUUGGUAGAUUAGAGGAUAAUUAUGGGCAGAUUGAGAAAUCGAUUGUUGGGAUUGGGAGGAGAGAAAAAGGUUAUGAAUCGGCUCGGUUUACUGAUCGGUUGAUUAUUGGUUACGGUGAUGCUGUUCGGUUUUCUUCCGGUAGAUUUUCCAAUGUUGAUCGGUUUAAUUAUCCGGUUUCUGGUCGAACAUUCUGUUGA